AUGAACGGCAUGGGCACUCCGGGAUGUUUCCGCAUGGACAACGGCGGCGAGUUCACCGGCGCCGCUUUCAUCGAGUUCUGCGACGCCGCUGGCAUCCGGCGCGAGUACACCGCGCUCGACACCCCCAAACCAAACGCCGUCGCCGAGAGCGCCAUCUGGCGUGCGAUGAAGGGGGGCCACGCCGCGCGACGCCACAUCCUCUCCAUGGCCCACGUCGACCUCGCCUCCGUCCCCAACAUCGGCGCCAACGGACAACGCCUGUGGCUCUCGUCGGCGCUCUGGGCAUCCGGUUGUUUCAACCGCUCCGCGACGAAGGCCAAUCAGGGCUGGAUGUCGCCGUUCGAGGCCUUCUUCGGCCGGAAGCCGCCGCUCANGGCGCCAACGGACAACGCCUGUGGCUCUCGUCGGCGCUCUGGGCAUCCGGAGGGGAUGAUGCGGGUCAAGCGCGCCAUCAAAGCGGACGUCCAAUCCGUGCGUUGCUUCUACCUGCACGGCGCCAACAACCACUCGACGGUAACCGCCGUUGUUCUCCGCGCUGACACCGGCCGCCU